CCACCGGCAUUGGUUGCCGAGCUUCAUGACGGUCGUCAAGGAUGCCGGCUCAUCCCGAUGGCAACUGGAUGUGCAGGACCUCCAGAAGUGCCAAGUGCCCUGGUGGGUCUGGCAGCUGGAGGUGGAGCCCGGAGAUCCGGUGCCGGUGGCGAUUGGCCGCAACGAGGUGUCGUUGGGGGCUUCCCGCACGCUGGAAGCCCACCGCGAGGAGCCGCUGUGCCGGUACCUGCCGCUGCGGCCCUAUGAGGUCUCACAGCUCAGUAUGGUGACCUUCCUGGUGGGCUUUGUUGUGGUGCUGCGCACUGGCGUACCGUCGCUGGUGGCUGCACUUGCUUUGAGCUUCAUCCCGAUUUGCCGGAUCUGUCCUGAGCUUCCUUUAUUGCGGAGUUGGCCGAGAGGCAGCAAGAGCCUCCGCGUGGUUCUAUGGUUUUGCCUGUGUAUUUGGAUAGUACUCCUGGUACUGUUUCAAUGCAGGCUUUACAGGAGCACGCCUGCUUUGGCCGCACCUGAAGUCAGCCCAGCCAGAGAAGCCUGGCGUCCCCCUGCAGUCCCCGCAAUGCCGGCAGUGGAAUUGCCCACCCGCAUCGACGUGCCGGUGGAGCCAGACCUUGUACCGCGGCACCAACCUCCAUGCUUCUGGGCUGGUGCAAAGUAUGUGCCCAACAUGCCGGGCCAGGGCCGCAGUCGCGUGAACUCGGCGUCCGAGUGUCAGGCCAGAUGCUUCAGAACUCCUGGCUGUGCCUACUUCACUAUGAGCUCGCCUUCACCUGGCAUUCACUGGUGUCAUUUGCAGGAGUAUGGAUCGCGGCGGAUUGCGGCAGCCCAAGCAGUUGCAGGCCCCUCCGACUGCGAGCAGGAGGCAAUGUUGGCGGAUGUGGGAGACUUGGAUCCAGAUCCUGCGCCAACGACCCAGGCCGUAGUUGCAGAUCGCCCGGCCAUUGAUUGGCCCGAAGAACCGCAGGUUGCAAGGGCGCCAUCUCCGCUGAAGGUGGUCAAGGAGGAGCCGGCCAAGCCUGUGCCGGACGUGGGUGCAGACGGAAGCCUCUUCAUGCUGCUACUGGUGGUGGGAGCCGCUGGUGCGGUCGCAAUCUCUGGAAAGCUGGAGAGGUCUGGUUAGCUGAGAGCUUGCGCCAAAGAUGUGCAAGAAAUGAACUAGCAAUCAUAUCAGCCAAAGCGAAUCUGCGAGGAGGUGCGAUUGCCGCUCUGUGCAAGUCUCAAACGAUUUGCUGUAGAUGAAUAAAGUGCCCGGCAAUAUGUACGUGUGUGUG